AUGAUCAAACUGUUUCUUUCCAUUUUGUUCAAUUCAUAUUAUCAACCCGGCUAUUUCAGUCAAAGCCCGAUUUCAGAGAAGGUACAAAUUGAACUUCGGAAAGCAACGUUCAACAAUUGGCCCUGGUCCGAGGCAUGGCUUAUCCGGUUCGUUCGGCAGAUGUUCGUCGAUCUGGCUUUGGUGACACAUUUUAAACUCCAACUCGCUCAGUUGGACAAGUGGCUCUGUGACGUAUAUCGCCGGUACAACCGAGUCCCUUUCCACAACUAUCUGCAUGCGUUCAUGGUCUGCCAGAUGGCAUAUGCUAUUUUGUGGGCAGCAAAUUUGGCAGAGAUUCUGGACAAGGAGGAACAACUCAUCAUACUUGUCUCCGCGAUAUGUCAUGACCUGGAUCACCCGGGUUUCAACAAUGCCUAUCAAGUGAGUUGA